UGGACGACCAAGAUAUAACAAAAAGCGCCGGGGAAGCAAGCAAAUGGUAAAAAGCAGCGGUAACUUUUUCAUUCAAUUUUUAAUAAAGGAAAUGGCAACACAAAAAAGACCGCGGCUGAAUUCACAAAGGUUCAAAGAGGAUUACAUCAAGAAGUAUACAUUCAUUAAACAAAAGUAAGAUAUCGGAACAUCAUGCUUACUGUGAGUACUGCAGGUGCGAUUUAAGUGUCAAGCAUGGGGGAAUAAAUGGUAUUGACGAACACGUCAGAACCUUGAAACAUGAGAGAAAUUCACGGGGAGCUCAGGAAAAUAGAUCAUUGGAUUGUUUUUUUUUUAAAAACAGAUGGCGAAAAUGACGUGAUUAAAGCGGAGGCUCUUUUUACGAACUUCAUUUUAUAGCACAAUUUACCAACUGCUGUUGCAGAUCACAUAGACCCAUUUGUGAAAGUGGCUUUUCCUGAUAGUAAAAUUGCUUCCAAGUAUGGCUGCGCGAGGAGCAAAACGACAGCAAUCGUUGAAACUUUAGCAUCUGUUUCAGCUACUGAACAGGCCUCGGUUUUGAAAAGUAUUUUUUUUUUGCCAUUGCAACCGACGGCAGUAGUGACAUCGAGACUCAGUUGUACCCAGUUGUAAUACGUUACUUCAGUGAAGAAAUUGGCAAAGUGGUAACGCAGCUGCUUGCUUUACCAUCAUGCGAGGGAAUAUCUUUAAGACUGUGGAUACAGUAUUGAAGUCAUUUGAAAUACCGUGGAAAAAUUGUGUUGAAUUUGGAGCAGAUAAUGCAGCUGUAAUGCUGGGUGUACAUAAAGGUGUAGCUGUCUAUGUAAAAAUGGAGAACAAUUCUGUCCAUGUACAGGGUUGUCCCUGUCAUUUAAUUCACAUUGCUGCCCAGUCGGCUGCAAAGAGAUUGCCAGCAAGAAUCGACGAACUCCUGAUUGUCAUAUGUUACUAUCUACACAAAAGUGGCAAGCGGCACAAGCAGUUGAAACAUUGCCAGGACUUGUGUGGCACAGAAGCAAGAAAGAUUUUGAAACAUGUGAACACCAGGUCCCAGCAAGAUAGCUAAUAAAGCCAAGUCUAGUGAGCCAGCCAUGACUAAAGGGCAUCCACGCAAGCCAUCCUCUGCAGUGGCAGAAGCUAGUAAAACACCUCUGACACUCAUGCGCUGAAAAUGAGAAUCUGCACUGCAGGACAUGAGCAAAAUGAGCACGGGGAAAAAGACCAAGUUAGAGGAAAUGCACCUGGGAGGUGAAGAUUGGAAUCAGAUUGGCAGUGUUGUCAGUAAACCCUCCAGAGGAUGGCUGCACUCGAAUGAGAAGAUCCUAGGUCCUGGCGUGACGUACAUUGUAAAGUAUUUGGGAUGUAUAGAAGUUUUACGCUCAAUGAGAUCGCUAGACUUUAACACAAGAACACAAAUUACAAGUGAAGCAAUUAGUCGGGUCUGUGAAGCUGUCCCAGGUGCCAAAGGAGCAUUUUAUAAAAAAAAGCCACCAAGUAAAGCAUUGUCAAGUAUUCUGGGAAAGAGCAACCCUCAGUUUGCAGGGAUGAGCAUCACUCUGAACAUCUCCACCAGCAGCCUGAACUUGAUGACUCCAGACUCUAAACAGAUUAUAGCAAAUCACCAUAUGCAGUCCAUUUCCUUCGCAUCUGGUGGUGAUCCGGACAUGACUGACUAUGUUGCUUAUGUAGCAAAAGAUCCUGUAAACCGCAGAGCGUGCCAUAUUCUAGAAUGCUGUGAGGGUUUGGCUCAGGAUGUCAUUUGUACCAUAGGGCAAGCGUUUGAACUUCGAUUCAAGCAAUACCUGCAGUGUCCUUCCAAACUCCCCACACUUCAGGACAGAAUGUUAAAUUUAGAAGAACCGGCAUGGACGGAAGAGGAGGAGGAGGAAACCGCAGAACAUCCAUAUUACAACAGCAUUCCAGGGAAAAUACCACCUCUAGGCGGAUUUAAUGAUGUUAGAAUGAAGAACCAAGCAGCAUGUCCUACAGAUGGCGCUCAGCCUACCACGAUGACUGGAAGAGACCAAACCUAUUAUCAAGGACGACACUUGGUAGAGAACCAGAGUGAUGAUCGGAAGCCUGCACCUGUCAGGCAAGGUUCUAGUGAUGUGAUUUGUCAACCAGAGGGGAAAACGCAAUUACCAAAAAUGGGGGAAGUCGCUACAUACGUGAACACCCAGCACAUAGAUGUCCAGGCUCUGGUAGCAUUGCAGGCCAACUCUGACACUGUGAUCAGUGGAACAGCAGGGAUUGCCAAAGACAGUCCUAGAAAAGAUAUAUUUGAUAUGAAACCCUUUGAAGAUGCCAUUAGGAAUCGGAGCCCUGUUUUAAACAAAACUGCAUCCAUUGAUAACAGUAGCCCUCUUCUAGCGAGAGCAGCAGCCUUCAAUAUGAAAGAAGAACUGAAAUCAGAGCCUUGGUAUCAUGGAGAAAUGAGCAGGAAAGAAGCUGAACAGUUGCUGAAAGGUGAUGGAGAUUUCCUGGUCAGGAAAAGCACCACCAAUCCUGGCUCAUAUGUACUGACAGGCAUGCACAAUGGCCAUUCCAAACAUCUUCUUUUGGUAGAUCCAGAAGGGGCAGUGCGGACAAAAGAUCACAUAUUUGAGAGCAUAAGCCACCUCAUCAGCCAUCACCGUGACAACAAUUUGCCAAUAGUUUCUGCUGGAAGUGAACUGUGUCUUAAACAACCAGUCAAGAGAAGACAGUGACAAGUAAAUACUUUCAAAUGGAAAACAACCGAAUCACUACUUUCUCCAAAAAAAGUCAAAUAUAAGAUACCAGUGUCUUUUACAUUCUUUCAUGAUUCCCCAGUUUCCCUGCUUAGGACAACUGGAAGCAGUCUGUUGAUCCAACACACUUGAUUUUUAGAACUGUAAUUAUUUUAUUGUAAUUGUUGAAAUUAUAUAUUUUUCAAGCUGACAUAUUGGUUUUAAUGAAUAGAUGUUCAUUUUGGUGUGUUUAUAAAUGCAGCUGUUAAUUGUUUAGAUUAAACGAUCUAUGAUCUCACUGAUGAUGCGAGAAUACAUAAAAAAAAUCUUUUAGGAUGAAAUAAUGUUCUAGUCUAACAAGCACAACCAUAUUUACAAACACAUUGGUUAAAGUUGGAGUACUUCAAAUAUGGAAAAGUAAAAAGAAGAAAAAAAAAGCAGCAGCUAAUAUUUUAAGAAAAUGCGUUUUUUUAAAUGAUCAGAAUUAACUUUAACUGCAGCUAUUAUGUAAUAGUUUAGUUUUUAACACAGUAUAAGAUCGUGGUUGGUUCUGCUUCAGAAAUGUGUGCAUUUGCUUUACUCACAAAAUACUUUAAAAUGUCCAUAAACUGCACUGAGUUCUCUGGACUUAAAAAGUUUAAGAAGUGUUGCUCAUAGUACUAUACAAAACACACAUUUGUCAUCAAAGUUGCAUGACUUGAGAAUAUGGUAAAUGUGUAGACCUUUAACCCUUUGAGAAUUGUUUGUGUAUGCGCAUAAUGUGAAAGUUAAUUCUUAAUCUGGCUGUAUAAAAGUAUUUAUUCAAGACAAAACUAUGUACAUUUUUGAUACUGUGGGACAGAUCUGAUGUACAGGACAGUGAACAUCACAAGCGUACCCUGACUGAUAAUAUGCGUACUGGAGGUGAAUUUAUAACAGGAAAAAUACAAUAAUAAUAUAAGAAUGCAAAGGAUUCAUAUUUUGGCAGGCAGCACCUCCUACUUACAGUAGUUGAGCCAUUAUAAGGAUUCAGGUUUUUCAGUCUGAUUCUUUUUUGCAUAUUCACUUUGGUCAAGGGGUUAAAUUGUGAAACAGUGUGUGGUUAAUGAAUGCACCCCUAUUUAAAAACAUAGUAAUUUAUUAGAAAAUCAAUAUUUUUUGUAAACUUUACACUGAAUUAUCAAAUGACUUGUUAAAUGAAGUUUCUGCUAAUGACAUCCAAGAACAGCGAGUCCUUUGAUGCUACUGUAUUUUGUGAUAUUAAAAAGAAAAGUUCUUAAUUGCA